AUGGCCGGUAUUGGACAACGCAACACAUUUGAACAUCCCUCUUCGUGGAAUAGUGCGGCUCAAUUGGGAAUGGGUCGGAAUCUACAUAGUGACGUGCAAAAGAAUUCUUCCUUCCAGGCAACAUCUGACAAAAGAUCGCUACUAAGUAAUUCGAACAGUGCUUCAACUCUGGUUGGCCUAAAUACAAAUCUAAAUUUGAAUUAUAAUCCUCGUCCUUCGUCAUCUUCCCGACUAAAAGUGCAAAAUUCUAUCGGAAAUAAUAUGCGGAGUAAUUACAAUCAGGAAUCUGGUGCCGAUAGCAAUUCAUUAGGCCUUCCAAACUUCGGAAGUGGCACAAACUUUCCCGGCUCUUCUUCUAGGGGGCUUUCAGAUCCAUCUUUGUUUAUGAACACAAAUUCCGAUCUCACAUCUCUAAUGUCCAACCUCAACCUUAAUACCAAAUCAUCGUUUACACCGAUAAACAAGCCAUCGAGUAGUACUCUGGGUUUGCUGAGUAGUGGAGGAUCUAUCAAUAAUUCUUCUAAUAUUCAGGGUGUUACAUCACCUGGUCUGACAUUUGAUCCGUCAGAUUUUCCUCCGAUUCUUAAUACUGCGAAUCCCUCACAAAGUCAGAACUUUCCUGCUCUAUCGCAAAGCCGUAACUACGUGUCUGCAAUAUCGAAAAACCCUAGUAAUAUUGCCUCAACCCCUGUCACUUGUGGAAAUCCAAAUUCAAACCUCCAAUCCUCUCCUGAAUUCUCGAUCGAUCGAGAUUUUCCUGCAUUACCGGGAACUCAGGCGACAAAUCCAACUUCAAUAACUAGUUCCUUAGCACCUCCCCCAGUGAGUUCUUCUAGUCAAUCCUUGAAUAUGGCUACUGGAGAAUCACUUUUGAAGCAAUCUCAAGCUGGUCAACGGGUUCCGCGCUCGCAAAGCACUCGUGUGCCUCCAGGGAGUGAAAAUACCUCCGAUCAUGAAUCCGUUUUGCAAUUUCUGAAUGAGAAUGUUGUUGCCAACAUUCCUCCAGACAUGAUUGAUAAUCAAUUUGGGAUGAUUGGUCUGAUGAAGCUAAUUCAAAUUGAACCCUACUUCGAUACACUGGCACCUGGAAUAAAACUACCAGCUCUUGGACUCAGUAACUGCUCUCUUCCAGGAGAACUUCAUAAGGUGUUUGGAUCGCCGUUAAAUGAUACCUGUGUGAUACCACCCCAUGAUCUAGAUUAUCCUGUGCCGCCAGAAUAUCGAAUUCGGUUCAGGUCGAAUACAAAAUUAUCGCCAGAUCCUCCACUUGAGUUGUUGGAUGAUAAUACACUCUUUUAUAUCUUUUACAACUUCUGCAAGGAGGAACUUCAGUUAGUGGCUGCGAAGGAAUUAUAUGAUCGAGACUGGAGGUAUCAUAAAAAGAAGCUACGGUGGUUAACACGUGCCCAAGGAUCGGAAGUAAUUCGAGAGGGUCUCACUGAGACCGGCACUUACUACGUCUAUGAACCUCAGGAUGCCUCUCGAGUUCUUAUUUCCACAACAUUGAACUACUCGGAUUUAGACGAAACUCCAGCCACGUAUCAACUUUCCUCUCAAACUCUAAACGCAAAAAUACAAUUCUCAGCUCCGAUGCCCCCUCAGCAGCCCCAUCUGAUAGGUAAUACGAACCAACAGCUCUACUUUGGACAGCUAAAUUCCCGACCUUCACGAGCCCAAGUUCCAGGAGUACCUGGUGGGAAAGUGAUGCCUAAUGGUGUUUUAAUGCAGCAUCAAAUUGCAGUAGCUAAGCCUGAACCUCUAAACGUGGCUGGUGCGGUGUCCAAUAACGCUGUAAACAGUAAGCCAACACCUAUAGCAGCGGAGUCCACAAGUACAGUGAAUGUUCCAACAUCGUCUACCAAUCUACCCCCUACCACAUCAUCCUGA